GCUUGUUUAAUAUUUUCCUUUUAGUUUUUCUUAGCUUCACCUCUCAUUUCCCACGUACACAAUUCUCAUGUAUAUAUCUAAAUAUCGUGGACUCCUCCUCCUCUAACAAACACAGGCGAAAGAUGUCCGCCAGUGGACGCAGUAGUAAUUCCUCCAGCUCUGAAGAAUCCCCUUCAGAUCCUCAUCGGGAUGUUGUCAUCAAAAUGGACGGUAAUGGCGAGGUUGCACUGGACAUGGACUUGGAAAUGGACGAGCUUAAACGGAAUAAAAACGUUAACCGAGAUCAGGUGAGAGAACCCCCCCGGGUUUCGUUUGGGCCGAAUAUGGUGGAUAAAGAAUCAGUUCGAAGACGACAUAAAGAUUCGCCGAACGAAGGUUAUUCUAAUAAAAGCCCUGGAGAGCUCGGUAACGAAGAGGUUUUAAGGUGCACCGGCAAUGCAUCGUUUGAUAAGAGAAACAUCUCGAUUCAGAAACCCCCUAGUUUGUUGAUGAAAGCAAAGACAAAAUCACGGCUUCAAGAUCCAACGCAAGAGGAGAUCGAGAUAUCAGAGAGAUUGCAGAAGUCAGAUGUAUUAAGAUCCGGAAUGUUACAGAGUAACGGGCCUGAUGAUGAUGAUGAUCCGUUAUGGAGCGAGGACUUGCCUGACGAAUACACAAAGGCUAAUUUUAAUGCAGUCACUUUGCUUCAAUGGGUGAGUUUAUUUAUAAUUGUAGCUCUCUUGAUUUGCACUCUAUCGAUUCCUUAUUUGAAGGAAAAGACCGUGUGGAAUCUUGAGCUAUUGAAGUGGGAAUUAAUGGUACUAGUUUUGAUUUGUGGUAGAUUACUUUCUGGUUGGGGGAUUCGUAUAGGAGUGUUCUUUCUUGAAAGAAAUUUUCUUCUACGCAAAAGGCUUUUAUAUUUUGUUUAUGGGGUUAGAAAACCAGUGCAAAAUUGUUUAUGGUUAGCACUUGUGCUACUCGCUUGGGGUAAAUUAUUUGAUGAUAAAAUUGCCAAGGAAACUGAUAGCCAAAUUCUCCAUUAUAUCACCAGAAUCCUGGUGUGUCUUUUAAUCGGGACUUUAUUUUGGCUUGUGAAAACGUUAAUGGUGAAGAGUCUUGCUUCGUCCUUCCAUGUAAGCACAUACUUUGAGAGGAUUCAAGAGUCACUGUUUAAUCAAUAUGUAAUCGAAACGCUCUCCGGUCCACCAUUGAUUGAAAAUCAACAAACUGAGGAAGAUUUAGAGAGAACUGCAGAGGAGGUUAAUAAGUUUCAAAAUGCUGGGGCGAUUUUGCCUUCUGAUCUUAGAGAAGACGCUUUAGGCAAGAGUGGCCGGCGAAGUUUGAGGGGUACGUCUAAAAGUGGUAAAUUGGCUGGAGUAUCAUCCAUUUCAAUCUACCAUUUGCACAAACUUAACCAUAAGAACGUUUCAGCCUGGAAAAUGAAAAGGUUGGUGAACAUGGUGCUCCAUGGUUCACUCUCUACAUUGGAUGAGCAAAUUCUGGAUAAUAGAUCAACUCAUGAGGAUGAGUCUGCAACAGAAAUCAGAAGCGAAUUUGAGGCUAAAAUUGCCGCCAGGAAGAUUUUUCGCAAUGUGGCUCGACAAGGGGCAAAGUACAUCUACUUGGAAGAUUUACUGCGCUUUAUGCAAGAGGAGGAAGCGUUGAAGACGAUGAGUCUCUUCGAGGGCGCAGCUGAAAACAAAAGAAUCAGCAAAUCUGCGCUCAAAGUUUGGGUGGUUGAUUCUUUUAGAGAAAGAAGAGCGCUGGCGUUGACACUAAAUGAUACAAAGACGGCAGUGAAAAAGCUUCAUAGCGUAGUGAAUAUAAUAGUUGGAACUAUUAUAGUGAUCGUUUGGCUUGUCAUUCUUCAAAUCGCCACCUCCCAGUUUCUGUUGUUUGUCAGCUCGCAGCUUGUGCUUGUUGCCUUCGUUUUUGGAAAUACCUGCAAAACUGUUUUUGAAGCUCUUAUCUUCUUGUUCAUCAUUCACCCAUUUGAUGUGGGUGAUAGAUGCGAGGUGGAUGGAGUUCAGAUGAUUGUGGAAGAGAUGAACAUUCUGACGACUGUUUUUCUGAGACAUGACAACCUGAAAAUAAUUUACCCCAACAGUACUCUUUCCCAAACACCCAUCAACAAUUUCUAUCGAAGCCCAGACAUGAUGGAAGUAAUCGAGUUCUGCGUCCACCUUACAACUCCCAUGGAAACAAUCUCCAUCAUGAAACAAAAAAUAACAAGUUUUGUGGAUGGGAAGAAGGAGCAUUGGUAUUCAUCUCCAACGAUUAUAUUGAAGGAUGUGAGAGAGUUGAAUAGUGUGUCGAUACAAGUAUGGUUAACCCACAAAAUGAACCUUCAAAAUGUAGUAGAGAGAUAUAUAAGAAGAUCCCUAUUUAUGGAAGAAUUGGUGGAAAUCUUUAAGGAACUUGACAUGGAGUAUCGAUUGUAUCCUAUUCCGAUCAACGUACAUUCUAUGCCGACUAUCACCUCCGACCGAAUGCCCUCUACUUGGGCAUCUCCAAAAGGAGCUCAAGAAAUUAAGUAGUGUCGGUGUGUGUUUGAUCAUUGGGCAUAUUAAUUUAGUGAUCAAGUAUGUUAAUAAUCUUCAGAUUAUAAGUUUUCAGGCAGGAUUUAUAGAAGAAGAGAUUGAUUGAUUAUUCAG